AGGAACCUUGUAUGUUGUAGGUAGGUAUUACAUUUUCAAGUUGUUUGACAUACUUACCUAUAAAGAAUUAUUCGACUUAAAGUUGGAGAAGUGGAUCGAUAUUUUGCAGGACAGGUACCAAACUAGUAUAGUAGGUACAUUGUAAGAAUUAAGAAAUUAUUUAAAUAAUAAAUAAAUAGGUACUAAAUAGGCAUAUUAUUUUAUUAUAAUUCGUGGUUAUUAGAAGUUGCUAUCAACGGAUUCGACCUACUCCUUUCAUAGCUGAUAUUCGCCGGUGUCACAACAAUGAACUACCGGUGGCCGUUCCGUCUUAUCUGAUAAAGUUAGUAUUGAUAAGGUUAUUUGGAUUUAAUUGAUUGAACUAUUGUAGAAAAUGUCAAAAAACAGUAAUAAGUAAUAACCUAAUGGCUAAUACAGUAAUACCUUAUUGUUUAUUAAAGUUUUAAUUGCGUUUACCGAAUACCAUAUUUAAAUAUUUAUGUUGUAUAAUGGUUCGUGUUAUAACAGCCUACAACUUCGAAGGCCAAAAAGUAGAUACUUGUGCCGACCCAGUCGCUUUCACGUCAGCUCCCCCGAAUAGGUUGUUGAUUGCAUUGGCUCAUCAUGCUAUUGAGGUUCGAGAUUUAUCCGAUGAGGCUAAGCCUACCUAUGCUAUCCCUACUGUUGAUCAAGUAAUGCAGUUAUCUUAUUGCGUUUCUGGAAAUUAUAUCGCCACUCUAGAAACGAAGCAAAAGAGGUCCGGAGAUGAUGCACUGUAUCUGAGAGUUUAUUGCAACUGGGAGCAAUGCAGUCAAGGAACUCCACCAUUAAGAGCCAGGAUAGCUGGACGUGUGACACCUACUGGAUCACAAAUUGGCGACAAUGCAUUGGAUAUGAUUGAGAUCCCUGUCAAGUUUACAACAAUAAAUUCAUUUGCCUGUUGUCAAGAAACAGGAAACAUUGUGAUUGCAUCUAAAUGUAUACUUAGUAUUUUUAGAAUGGUAAUAAAAACACAUGACAUAUCUCGACUACGGUUCUUAGAUUUUGAUACAUGGCCAAUGAUAAUGAACCUCAAGUUUAAUGUCUGUGAUUUACAAAUUGAACAAGAUAUUGUAGCUGUUUUUGGAGAAAGAAGAGUUGAAGUAUUUCAGAUUCUUAAAGAUACUAAAAAAAUAUCUGAUUGGAGUACUACGACUAAUUCUACAAAAACCAACUCUACUCAAGAAAACAUUGAGCAAUCUGGAGUUGCUCCUGAACCUAUUGAUUUAAACCAAUUAAUGAAAUCAAAAACUGAUACUUACCUCAGGCAACAUGUCAACCCAAAAUGUUUCCCAAUUAUGGUGAUGACUCCUGGUUUUGAUGAUACCGCAUUGGUUGAACAAGAAGAAAAUGCUCCAUUUAAUAUUGCUACUCUACCCAUCACUAUAAAUGAAACAGAAGCAAUUGAUCCUUGGAGUGAACCUAUCAACUGGACAGUUAAGAUACUGUUACAACUUGAAUUAAAUAUGAGCAGAUGUCAUAUUACAAAUGAAUGUAUAAAAUCUGUGCUGUUACACUUGGUAUAUAAGCGACAUGAAACAUCUAAAGUGUUAGAAUGGAAUUUUCCUCGUUUCCGCACUGAAACAUACAAUCACUUAAUGUGUGUUAACUGCUUAAUUAGUUUAAAAGAAGAAGCAUUUGUUUUUCAUUCUCUUGUUACACAUGAAAAAAAUGAUGUAGAAAUGACUCCCGCACAAUGCAUUACUGUUUAUAAUUUCAUGUCACCGGUUGUUAACAUUUUUAUGGAUCGUUCAGUACUGCAUGUAUUGACUACUGCCAGCUUAGAAACAUACACAAUUAGAUUAUUUCCUUCUUCAAGUCCUUCUCCGUCACAUAUUUUAUCUGAACGUGUGACACUAAUUGGUCAUAAACCAUUUUUGGGUAUUGUCGACAUGGUACUUUUAGAAAAUAAAUUGGUUAUUUUCACUUCUGCUAAUCCGAAUCAAGACAAUAAGGUAAACAAUAGUUGGACACUUUACAUGUUAAUGCUGCCUUCUCCUAGUAGUAUAUGUAAAGUUCUUACAUUCAAAGCAAGAAUUUCUAGAUUCAAAACCCCAAAUAAGUAUAUUCAUUUGAUGAAAGAAGCUUUGAAUAUAUCAGAUAUUGUUGAAAAUUAUACAUAUCGUGGUUGUGGUACUGCCCGUUUGGGAAACAACGAUUUCAAAAAGUUUUGCUGCCUUGUAGCUGACCAUUACUUUUUAUUUAAAAAAGAUGGAUGGGAAUGGUCUUACAAACUUUAUGAAAUUGCCAAUUUGCUGCCAAUGGAUGUAUUUAUAAGAAUGAAACAAGUUGAAGAUAUGUACAAACGUGUAAAACGCCCAGUAAAUACUAUUCCUGCACUGAAAUUUUAUAUUUCUUCAUGGAUACAUGAUCAUACUGACCAAAUUGAUUUUAAAACAUUUAUAUAUGGAAUUAAAAUAGCUGAUAGAAGUUGUGAUUUGUUGUAUAUUGCUGAGCUUGUAUUAUCGGAAAAGUCUGUAAGGAAACUACCACUGGAUAAUGCUAUUAAACACAUUAAAAAAAAUUUAGAAGCCAGUUAUGAAUGGAAAGGAGCUUUAACAUUUGCAUUACUAUUCCUGUACUCAUUGUCCAAUAUUGAUACCAAAGAUGUCUCAGAUAUAUAUAAUGAAGCUGAUGAAGUUUCAAAUAAAUCAUUUGUGCAAUUUUGCAAAACGUACUCAAAUUUAUUGAUAGAACAAGAUUCUUCAUUUUCUGAAUUUUCGCUAGUCUUGAUGCAAGAAACUCCAAUUUUAAUUGCCCAUGGUUUCGCAGAAAUAAUUUCAUCUGGUCAACCUAUUAAGCUACGAAAAGUCAUUCAAGCAUUUCAAAAAUACAUUGGAUCUCAUAUGUACUCUACAAAUGUUACAGAAGUCUUCAAACGAUUUCUUGAAUUACAUUUUUCUCGUUCUUAUGGACAUGACAAAACACCAGAUCUCAACAAGAAAUAUGUCUGUGAUGCUAUCAAGAUUCUAUUUAGGCAAUACUUGACAGAUCUCACAAAACCAAUUUCAGAAAAUAGUACACAAACUAAUGCUAGAGACUGGAAAAAUAUUUACAAUUCACAAAUACCAGGUUACAUACAAAUGCUACCAUGCUAUAAUAAUAACAAUGAAAAUUUAAUAAAACUACAGAGUCUGUUUUACACUAACUGGCUAACCAAAGAUUUCAAAGAAGACAUAAAACAAGUUCUUCCAUUAUUGAGCAAACCAUCAUUAAGUCUGGAGAUCAUGGCCUCUGAAAAUACUAUAAACACAAUUGAAAUAAUCAUAGAGAAAUGUCCUCAGGCGGUUCUAAAAUACUCUAUUGAUUGUUUAAAUUCAACAUCCGAAUGGAAACAUAUAACAAGUUUAUUAGAAAAAAAAUCAAAAUCGGAUAUAGAUAACCAAUCUAAAUAUCAUGAAGUUUUACAUGAUAUGUUGGAGUAUUUGUCACAUAAUAUGUGCGUCGAGGACCUUUGUAGUGUACUACCAGAAGAAAGUUCAACAAAUAUAGAGCAUGAUGAGUAUCAAACAUAUGUAAUUACUUGCCAAAAAAUCAACCAAGCAAAUCAAAUUAAAUCAAUGGUCAUGGCUACUGGUCAACAACUUUUAGCUUCACUUAAUUUUAAAUAAAUUUGAAAUCUAUAUUUUCAAUGCUUUAGCACAUAAGCUUUCAAUCUAUGAAAACUAAUUUCAGCAUCAAUCAAAUUAUUUAUAUUAAGUUAACAUUAAAUAUUUAAAUGUACUAGUCUAUUAAAGUUUUUAUUUUUUUUUUCGUAACCAUAAAAAAUGUAAACAAUAUUGGUUGACUUUCUUUGAAUAAUGCUCAUUACUCAAGUAUUUUAAAAAUGAUAUUUUAACAUGCACUUAAUUUUGAAAUUCAACUUUUCUUCAUUGAUAAUGUAUUUAAGAUUUUCAAUUUUAAACUAAUAUUUUUUUUAUUAUUAUAAUUAUUUGAUAAAACUUUAUUUGCCAUUUAAACAUAAUAUUAUAAUAACCUACCUAAUAAUUAAAUUCUAUUUUUACAUUAAAAUUAAUUUAUCGAAGAUUGUUUUGUUAACUACACAUUUGUAUCGUAUUGACAUCUAUAUGUACACCAUUCAUUAAUUUUAAUUAUUUUUGUUAUUUUGUUUUAUUUUUAUUAUUGUUUUUAUUCUUAUUAUGUUGUUAUCAUAAAAUUACAAAUAAAAAUUUUAUAAUUAAAAAUGGUUAAAUAACAAACCAAUUCCACUUCACCAGUCAACCAAAUACCCUAGGUAUCACUCUGAAUAAAAGAUUAACCUGGUCUAACCACACCAAGCAAAAACAAAAACAACUUAACCCUUGUCUACAUCUACAAAGACCUCUAAUAAAAUCUAUCUCAAAAACAAACUACUCCUAAACAAAGCAAUCAUCAUGUCAGUAUGGUAAUACAGCAUCUAAAUUUGGGGCUCUGCAAAACCCGCAAACAUUCGCCCUAUUCCGGUAAAUUACCUUUAGACCAGUC